UUUGACCACUGAGCAUGCGCGGGUCUAUUCUUGGUCCAUCAGCAGUGAGUGACCCUAACUUGCCUUUACACUCAAUUGCAUCAAAUCUUGUACCAUGGCCAUAUAAACGGGAUGAAGAUGGCGUUAUCAAACUAAACUUAACAUUUCACAUCCCUCAUUUAAUCUCAGCACUUGUCACUUUCAUAUAUUUCAUCACACACUAUAAAAAUAAUUUGUAAUUGUACUUUUUUAUAGACAGCAUAGUUAGAAAUGACGGCGUUUAUUUUUCAUAUUUCAGCUAAGGACGGUAUGGAUAUGGACAUAGUGAAUGCUGGGAACCUGCCGGUGCAUGAUGACAAUGAUAAAGAGCUGCUGCUACGGUGUGAAAACCUGAUCUGGAACAGAGACGCUGAUGCUACUGAGAACCUACCGGCCUGCGCACAGAACAAUGUGAAAGUAGGGAAGAAAGUGGUUCAGACAGAUGAGUGGAGAGAAGGAAAUGUGGAGGAGAGGCUGGAGUAUGCUCUCAUCAAGGCGUUUGCUGAGGAGCUCCGUGUUUGUGUGUGUAAGGAGCUGUGGGGUCACAGCGCUGACAAGACUCUGCAGGCCUCAGACCUUCACAGAAUUUGA